GAAAACCCAUUUAUAAGCAAAGAUGGGUUCUUCUUCUUUAAUGGCCUCCCUUGUUUUUGCAGUUUUGGUGGCAGCUCUAAGCUUCCCAUCCACAACCUCCCAAGGCUAUGACGAUGGCUCUCCUCCACCACCCGUUUAUUAUUCUACUCCACCGUCACCAAGGAGGUCUCCGAGGGUACCGCUACCAGGACCCCGAGUGCCGCUACCAGGACCUCGGGUGCCGCUACCAGACCCUAGAGUGCCGCUACCAGGACCGAGGGUACCACUACCAGGACCCCGAGUGCCGCUACCAGGACCUCGGGUGCCGCUACCAGACCCCAGAGUGCCGCUACCAGGACCGAGGGUGCCGCUACCAGGACCGAGGGUACCGCUGCCAGGACCGAGGGUACCACUGCCAGGACCUCGAGUGCCACUGCCAGGACCGAGGGUACCGUUGCCAGGACCCCGAGUGCCGCUACCAGGACCAAGGAGGUAAAAGUCAUAAUAAAGCAAAAGAAGAUUCACAUGGAUCAUUUGCUAUCGUUAUUAAAGAAAGACCUCCUUCAUCUGUUUCAGAAUUUCUAUGACUUCCUAGUUGUUUCAACGUGUGGUUUUCAUUUAGUGUGUCGUUCAUCAAUAAUAUCAAACGUAACCUUUUGUGUUUCUUCGUAGAAAAGCUCGAAAUCUUCAUAUUGUGAGACAAAAAGGAAAUAUUAUUUAAAUGUGGCUGUAUUUGAAACAAUAUAUUAAAAGGAUUAAUUAACUUCUAGCGAAUUAA